CUUACAAAAAAACAAGCUGUUCCACCACCACCACCACCCCCAAGACGCAAGGCAAACCUUACUGCCUACGAGAGAGACGAGAGAAGGGGAGGAAAGCUCCAGCAACAGCACACACAACAUGCGCGCGCAACACAGCAUCUCCAUCCGGCCGCCAGACCUGAAGAAAUGGGCCCGGAAGGCAACAAGGAGGAAGGAGCAACGGUCCCCCCCUCGCCCCGUCCAACGCCCGCAGCCCGCUUCUUCUAGGGAAAACACCCGUCAAACUAAGAGGGGGUGAAUAAUCAGCCGCCACCCCACUCUUUCUUCUUACUGCCAAAAGCAAACAGAGCGCGGGAAAGAAACAGGGCGAAGGAAACAGAAGAGUGGGGUGAGACGGGGACAUCGCGCUAGUAAGAAGAGGGGCAGCAAAAGAGAAAGACAAAAACCGCAAAAGGAAUAGGAGCGGGGGAGAGAAAGAAGGAGGCCGAGAGAGGAAGAAGUCGCCAUCCUUGUCCCUUUAAGCGUUGGACUUGCUUAAGGGACCGGCAGAGGUUGACGCCGAGAACAGCUCGCCCCCUAGAGCCUGAACAGGGAACCAUCCUACUACUGAGGCAGCCUCGAGGGGAGGGCGCACAGACCUCCGCCUCUUGCUGGACGCCUAGUCCCAGAACGAAAAAGGCUGAGCAAAGUCUCUCCGGGGAACCGAAGCAAGAAGCCUAAAGAGCCAUAUAAACAACCCCAGACCUGGGCCAAAAUGGCAGAAAGCCAACAGGCCCGACUUGGGAAGCAAACCCACACCUUCUCAAGGAAACGUAAAAAAGGUAAAGGUGUCCCCGCACUUGUAGUGUGAGUCGUUUACAACUCUUAGGGUGACGUCUUGCGACGUUUACUAGGCAGACCGUAUAUAUGGGGUGGGAUUGCCAGUUCCGUACCCGGCCUUUGUUUACCCCCCAGCAUAUGCCGGGUACUCAUUUUACCGACCAUGGAUGGAUGGAAGGCUGAGUGGACCUUGACCCCUUUUACCGGAGAUUCGACUUCCCCCUUUCGUUGGAAUCGAACUCCGGCUGUGAGCAGCGCUUUGGCUACUGCUGCUUACCACUCUGCACCACGGAGGAUGUAGUAAGUGCGUUUAUACACAUCAGUAUGUAACACACUAAGGCUGCAAUCUAAUGGGAUUUACUCCCAGGUAAGCAUGUACUGAGGUUAUCAUACUUUGGACACAUAAUGAGAAGACAUGAUUCAUUAGAAAAGAUAAUAAUGCUUGGAAAAACAGAAGGAAGUAGAAAAAGAGGAAGGCCAAACAAGAGAUGGAUUGAUUCCAUAAAGGAAGCCACAGACCUGAACUUUCAAGAUCUGAACACGGUGGUUCAUGACAGAUGCUCUUGGAGGUCACUGAUUCAUAGGGUUGCCAUAAGUCGUAGUCGACUUCGAGGCACAUAACAACAAGAAGCAUGUAUUGAAUUGCAGCCUAAGCCCUGAUCUAGAUCCAAUUAAGCAUAAGUGGAACAAAGAAUUAGAAGCCCACCUAACACCUGCACGAUAGGGAAGAGCCCUAGCCACCCAUGACAUUAAGCUGCAGUUAAUCCAGCAGAAAAUACUCCACCAGGCCUACUGGACACCAACACGCUUUAAGUGCUAGGACAUUACACCCACGGACAACUGCUGCAGAUGCAAACGACCACAGGCUGAUCUAACGCACUUACUAUGGAAGUGCCCGGUAAUCAAACUCUUCUGGAAGGAAGUAUAGGCUAGAAUUAACUUCAGAUUCUGGACAAAUCCCUGUUAAUAGGGGACACCAACCCAGCAGUCAGCUACAUCCCUGCCAGUUGUGGGCUAUCCAAAGGACAAGAAGGAUGGUUUCACCGAGCCACACUAACAGCAAAGCUAAUUGUCCUUCACUGGAAAGCUUGGACCACACCAAGCACAGAAAACCAGAUAUACAAGCGCUUUUGCAACUAGCAGCCCAUGAGGAAAUUCUGCUUUCUAAACUACACAAAAAGACGAACUUCCACUAGACUUCGGAAGUGUGUUUUUGGAACUCUUCACCAAGUGUAACCUACAACUAGAAGAAGUGGGAGGCGCAAUGCAAUGCAGGGGCAGAAUUCUUCGUGGUUAUUUUUGAAAAUAUGUAAGGAGUUCUACUCAUGGGAGACCGCUACAUUGUUAAACACAGUAUAGUUUGAUUCUUAAGGAGUUACCUCUGCCUGCUUUGGAGGAAGGUGCUGGAUAUAAAUGUAAUACAUACAUAAGUAAUUGGAUGUUAUUGCUAUGCCAACAGCUUCCUUGUCUGAGGCAUUCCUGUGAGUUCAGAAAUGGAAUAGCCCACCACUUGCAUCCCCAUUCCAAAGCCCCAUCGAGAACAUGGCCAGCCAUGGUAUACUACAGAAACUAAAACUUGCAUUCAAUUGUGGGGCUCCACAGCUGUUCAGCAGUCAUUAGGAGAAAGUUAUAGAAAUGCAUGUGCAUUCCAGUGGGUGGCAGGCCACAUGACAGAAUGUUUUAACCGAGAUGUACAGCAGUGUUGGGAUUGGACAAAGGGACUCUGGGGGGGGUGUACAAAAAUAUAAAAACGAACAACAAAACCUCUGGUGCUGCAAGGAGAACUAUGAUGUAUUUUGAUUUCUUAGAUUCAUUCCUUGUAAUUAGCAAAGUCCAGGGCUCUGGCCUUGUUCCUUUAGGCAGCAGUCACAGGAGAGAAUUACGGCCAAUGUAGAUCCACAGUACAAUCAAGGGAGCUUAUACCAGAGAAUAACGAAGAGGCAGAAACUUUUAUUGAUUCUCAAGUGACUCAGCAUUUCUGUUGAAAUAAUUCCUGAAGUAGGUAAAUAAAAAAGUUCCUGAUCAAGCCACUGUAAACCAAACAACCCAGUUGCAGGGAGCUGUAGUCAGUGAACCUGAUGAGUAUUUAAGAAACAAUCUCCAAGGGAACUCCCAAAGAGUAUUACAAUGCAGUGUGAGAUCAGAUAAUGCAGGAGCAGGUGGUGGCAGAGAGGACACUGAUGAUAGACACAUUUCACCAAGGGAUGGUGAGGCUGUCAAGGUCCUAAACCGAUGCUUGGCCGCGAUAAUGGACUGGAUGAGAGCGAACAAAUUGAAACUCAAUCCAGACAAGACUGAGAUGCUGUUAGUAAAUGGAUCCCCUGACCAGUUGGAUGUUCGACCUGUUCUGGAUGAGGUUACACUCCCCCUGAAGGAGCAGGUGCGUAGCUUGGGAGUCCUUUUGGACCCGUCCUUGUCACUUGAGGCACAGGUGGCCUCGGUGGCACGGAGUGCUUUUUACCAACUUAGGCUGGUGGCCCAGCUACGCCCGUAUCUGGACAGGGAACAUCUUACCUCAGUUAUCCAUGCUCUGGUAACCUCAAGAUUGGACUACUGCAACGCACUAUACGUGGGGCUGCCGUUGAAGACGGUUCGGAAACUGCAGCUUGUGCAGAAUGCAGCGGCCAGAUUAAUAGCCGGGACCAAGCGGUCGGAACAUGUGACACCAAUUCUGGCCGGCUUGCACUGGCUGCCUGUACGUUUCCGGGCCCAAUUCAAGGUGCUGGUUUUGACCUAUAAAGCCUUACACGGCACGGGCCCACAAUACCUGGUGGAUCGUCUCUCCCGAUACGAACCCACCCGUGCACUACGCUCAACAUCAAAGGCCCUCCUCCGGGUGCCUACUCAGAAAGACGCCCGGAAGGCGACUACAAGAAAGAGGGCCUUCUUGGUAGUGGCCCCCGAACUAUGGAACACCCUUCCUGACGAGGUACGCCUGGCGCCUACUUUACUAUCCUUUUGGUGCCAGGUGAAAACCUUCCUCUUUGCCCAGGCAUUUUAAUAUUUUUAAUAUUUUAGUAUUGUAGUAUCUGUAUUAUUGUUGUAUAUGUCAGUUACAUGUUUCAUAUGUUUGUUUAAUUGUUGAUUUGAUGAUUA